GAGGAAGGCAGAGGGAGGUGACGAGGACGAGGGCGAGCAAGCAGCACGAGCAGCAAGAGCAGGAGGACGUCUCUUCUGAGGCCAGACGAUCUGUCCAUCUGUGUGUUGCAGAUCGACUACGCGACCACAAUUUCCGGUCGUCUCGCUCUCUCGGUCUCUCUCGCUCUCUCGCGUAGUGGAGGAGGAGGAGGAGAAGGAGGAGGAGGAUUAGGACGAAAGCAGCUGCAGGGCUGAAUUAUCCGUGCAGAGCCGAGGUUGCGCACGGCGGACGAGCGUCGACGACGACGAGAGACGAGUGGUGCCCGCGGACGACGAAGAAGCGCGGGGAGGCGCCGGAGCAGAAGCCAGGAGCGCGAGAGAUAGCAGCAGGCAACCAUGCAGGCGUCUCACUUGCUUCUGGAGGAGCCGAUCCGGCUGGCCUCCAUUCUUGAGUCUUCCACUCCCGAUGAAUUGUUGGAUGAUAGUCAAAUCCUCCAACUUCAGUUUGCCUUCACCACGACUGGAGACCCGUUGAGUGGACAAGACAGGGUUGACGUGAAGCUUUCUGUGGCACCAGCACCUCCAAGAGAUCCCUCUCAGCCAAACCCAAAAAAUGCCUUUUCUUCCAUGACGAAGAUCAUUGGAACUCUUGGACCCAGCUCACGUGAUGUGGAAACUAUCGAGAAACUCCUCAAUGCUGGCAUGUCAGUCGCCCGUUUUGAUUUUUCAUGGGGAGACAGCGACUUUCACCAAGAGACCCUUGACAACUUGAAGAAGGCUGUGAGGAACACAAGAAAGCUCUGUGCAGUGAUGUUCGACACAGUUGGGCCUGAGCUACAAAUCAUCAACAAGGGUGAGGCACCCAUCAACCUAGUUGUUGACGAAUUCGUCGUGCUGACACCAGACGCAACGCAACAGGCUUCGUCAACGACUUUACCUGUGAACUACCCGGAGUUAGCAAGUGUUGUCAAGCCCAAGGAUACCAUUUUUGUUGGUCAGUACUUGUUUACCGGGAGCGAGUCGACUUCCGUAUGGCUCGAGGUUAUGGAAGUGCAGGGCCCAAAUGUGAAGUGUUUGGUGAAGAAUUCUGCGACAUUGACUGGAACUUUGUUCACCGCACACGCAGCGGGAGUUCCUGUUGGUUUACCAACACUCUCUGACUUCGAUAAGGAGGUAAUCUCAAAGUGGGGGGUGAAGAACAGCAUCGACUUUAUUUCUCUGUCAUACACCAGGCAUGCUGAAGAUGUUCGCCAGGCCCGGUUACAUCUGUCAAAACUGGGAGAUCUCUAUCAAACUCAGAUAUUCGCGAAGAUCGAGAAUAUCGAGGGCUUGAAGCACUUCGAUGAGAUUUUGAAGGAGGCAGACGGUAUUAUCCUGUCUCGUGGCAACCUCGGUAUCGAUCUUCCCCCAGAGAAGGUGUUUCUGUUCCAAAAGGCUGCCCUUCACAAGUGUAACAUGGCCGGGAAGCCCGCCAUUGUUACUCGAGUUGUCGACUCAAUGACCGACACCCCUCGACCCACUCGAGCUGAGGCAACCGAUGUUGCCAACGCCGUCCUUGAUGGUGCCGACGGUAUAUUACUCGGAGCGGAGACACUUAGGGGUUUGUACCCUGUGGAAACCAUUACAAUUGUUCAAAAGAUCUGUGCAGAGGCUGAGAAGGUAUUUAAUCAAGCUGUAUUCUUCAAGAAGACAGUUAAGGCUGUCGGAGAACCCAUGGCACACCUUGAGUCUAUUGCAUCCUCAGCAGUUAGGGCCGGAACAAAAGUGAGAGCCUCGGUUAUUGUCGUUUUUACGUCCUCUGGAAGAGCAGCUCGAUUGAUUGCAAAAUAUAAACCAUCCAUGCCCGUGCUUGUGGUGGUCAUUCCAAAGCUCACAACAAAUCAUUUACGCUGGAGUUUUACUGGAGCUUUCCAGGUAUGAAUCAGCUUGUUAGCAUGGAUUAACGUAUUAGCUUGCCACCGGUUGCCCUCGUCCUGUGCACUAGAUUGAUUGCGAAGUAUAGGCCGUCAAUGCCAGUAAUAGUGGUGGUCAUUCCAACACUCACGACAAAUCACCUACGAUGGAGUUUCACAGGGGCAUUCCAGGCAAGGCAGUGUUUAGCUGUGAGGGGUCUUUUCCCAAUGCUUGCAGAUCCCAGACAUCCGGCUGAAUCAUCGACUUCCACAAAUGAAUCAAUUUUGAAGGUGGCUCUUGAUCACGGAAAGGCAGCAGGCAUCAUCAAGGCACACGAUCGCAUCGUUGUUUGUCAAAAGGUCGGCGAUUCGUCAGUGGUGAAGAUCAUCGAGUUAGACGCUUACUGAUUUGAAAACCAUGAACCAUUGCUGGACUUCAUUUCGCGUUGGCUGCUGCGCACAAGGGCUCAGGGCCAUAAAUAAGCUGUCACUAACUCUCGAGGACUCAUGGCGCUCCUAGAUGGCUUUUUAAUUGGUUCUCCCGAACGAAUUAUUUAGGUUGUUGCGCAGCUGUUAAGUCUGAAAUUUUUGUGGUGAGAAUCAAUUUCUCUAGGCAAAUUUCAGGUUGUAAGCCAUUGCCUCUUCACGCGUGAAGUUUCAGAAAACAGUUCAGCCGAUCAUAUUAUCCUGGAAAUGCCUUCAGUAUUCUGUAAGCGUUCGAAAUUGUAGGAAGUGAUCUAUCUAGUCAUUAGAGGGGAUUAGAGGGGCUAGUUUGCAGUCCUUUUUGUAACUCUAUUGUUCCAUAUCUAGGCAGAAUGUCAAGCCAAACAGAUUGCGGCGUCCAUCGAAGAAAGCUCGUAGAGUGAUGUGACAGUGGUUGAGUUGGAGGCCACUGGACGAGGAGGAUUCAUUUGUUGCCAGAGUAAAUAAAGCCGAGAAGUUUUGAAUU